GGAGGAGCAUGUCGGACGGUUUCGAUCGGGCCCCAGGUGCUGGUCGGGGCCGGAGCCGGGGCCUGGGCCGCGGAGGGGGCGGGCCUGAGGGCGGCGGUUUCCCGAGCGGAGCGGGGCCUGCCGUGCGGCCGCGGCAGCCGCCGUCGCCGCAACCCAAAGCCCCGGGUAUCCUGCAGCCGCCGCCGCUGCGCCAGCCCAGGACGGCCCCGCCGCCAGGGGCCCAGUGCGAGGUCCCCGUCGGCCCCCAGCGGCCUCCCCGGCCUGGGGCGCUCCCAGAACAAACGCGGCCUCUGAGAGCUCCACCUAGUUCACAAGAUAAUAUCCCACAGCAGAACUUGGAGUCAGCAAUGGCUAAACCCCAGGUGGUUGUAGCGCCUGUAUUAAUGUCUAAGCUGUCUGUGAACGCCCCUGAAUUUUACCCAUCAGGUUAUUCUUCUAAUUAUACAGAAUCCUAUGAGGAUGGCUGUGAGGAUUAUCCCACUCUAUCAGAAUAUGUUCAGGACUUUUUGAAUCAUCUUACAGAGCAGCCUGGCAGUUUUGAAACUGAAAUUGAACAGUUUGCAGAGACCCUUAAUGGCUGGGUUACAACAGAUGAUGCUUUGCAAGAACUUGUGGAAUUCAUCUAUCAACAGGCCACGUCUAUCCCAAAUUUCUCCUACAUGGGAGCUCGCCUGUGUAAUUACCUGUCCCAUCAUCUGACAAUUAGCCCACAGAGUGGCAACUUCCGCCAGUUGUUACUUCAAAGAUGUCGGACUGAAUAUGAAGCUAAAGAUCAAGCUGCAAAAGGGGAUGAAGUGACUCGAAAACGAUUCCAUGCAUUUGUUCUCUUUUUGGGAGAACUUUAUCUUAACCUGGAGAUCAAGGGCACAAAUGGACAGGUUACAAGAGCAGAUAUUCUUCAGGUUGGUCUUCGGGAGUUGUUGAAUGCCCUCUUUUCUAAUCCUAUGGAUGACAACUUAAUAUGUGCAGUAAAAUUACUGAAGUUGACAGGGUCAGUUUUGGAAGAUGCCUGGAAGGAAAAAGGAAAGACUGAUAUGGAAGAAAUUAUUCAGAGAAUUGAAAAUGUUGUCCUUGAUGCAAAUUGCAGUAGAGAUGUGAAACAGAUGCUCUUAAAGCUUGUAGAACUCCGGUCAAGUAACUGGGGUAGAGUCCAUGCAACCUCAACAUACAGAGAAGCAACACCUGAAAAUGAUCCUAACUAUUUUAUGAAUGAACCAACGUUUUAUACCUCCGAUGGUGUUCCUUUCACUGCAGCUGAUCCAGAUUACCAAGAGAAAUAUCAAGAGUUACUUGAAAGAGAAGACUUUUUUCCAGAUUAUGAAGAAAAUGGAACAGAUUUAUCAGGGGCUGGUGAUCCAUACUUGGAUGAUAUUGAUGAUGAGAUGGACCCAGAGAUAGAAGAAGCUUAUGAAAAGUUUUGUUUGGAAUCAGAGCGUAAGCGAAAACAGUAAAGCUAAAUUUCAGCAUAGCGGUUUUAGCAGUUUAGAAUAUGGUGAUUUAGCAGAACACAGGAAAGCAAGAAAAUUUGUCACACUUAUACCAAAUUAAGGAUGUUGAGUUAUGUUACUAAUGUAUGCAACUUUAAUUUUGUUUAACACUAUCUGCCAAAAUAAACUUUAUUCCCUAUAACUUAAAAUGUGUAUAUAUAUAUAAUAGUUUAUUAUGUACAGUUAAUUCCACUGUUUUGGCUGCAAUAAAAUCGAUUUUGAAAUAAAUGAAA